UGGGUGGGUCAUCAGUCGCCAGUUGAUCGUCCCACUGCCGGUAUGGUGCGAGCAGCCGUCGCCAGCGCACUGCCCAAGUUAUGUAGGCCGACGUGACACCUGUUGGCGUUAUGGAUUACGCUGGAUUAUCAACACAACGUGUUUUACCUACAACACGCGCAUUCGCUGAUAGUAGCAAGGGAUAAUGAUGUAAAUUGUGUGAUUUCCGUGUGAUCAGCGAGUUUGUGGGUUUUUUCAAAGAUGGUGACAUGGAGAUACUAACUGUCAUCUGAACAAUGGAUACCAGACGGCUAGUUUCUGUGGUGUUGCUGUUCCUGAUGGGAGUGGUGCGGGUCCGUCAGCAACACACCUGUGAUCAGUGCGACUGCACCGUGGGGGACAGCGAUGACGACAGAGGAAUAACCAACGUCAGACCUCGUUGUAGUGAAGGCAAGAUCACGUGGUCCAGUUCGUAUGGCGCCAUAAGAUUGGAACUGAGGCCGAUAAGACCGGGCGAGUUCAAGGCCUGCAUCCUGCUUCACAGUCAUGACGUUCGAACUUUGGUCUCCAGGGAGACCGUCAAAUACACACCUGGCAAUUAUAAAACAAAAACAGUCGAAAAAAAGGAACUGACGUUAUCACCACUGUUAACAGUUAACGGAAGUGGUGGUAGGGACGGUAAAGAGGUGUGCGCGACCUCUAGCGGAGAUUCUGUGCACUUGUAUAUAGAGACUGUGCGGACGACAGAGGACACAGGGUUGCCACGGGUUACGAUAUAUUACGACAUAGAGAUGACGAAAAGUCCCUUGUUUUAUAACCCCAUGGAUGACUGCCGUCCCUGCACUGAUAAAGAACUGAUAGAGGCGUUUUGUACGAGCGAGUUCGUGGUGGUUGGCCAGAUGCAGAACGUCGUGCACAGCAAGGCAGACGAGACGUCGUACAUAGAUGUCCAGGUGUCCCAUGUGGUGCGCCAGAAAGACAGGAUCUUCACCCCGUCCCCCAGGAGCAGCCGAGACCUGGAGGGCACGAUCCUCACCCCGUCCAAGUGUGACGUCAGUCUCAGCUCGGGACACUUCCUGUUGACAGGGCGAGUCAGGCUGGGACGGCCCGUCUUGAAAUGCGCCCCGUUUUAUGACCAGUGGUUACGGAUACGUGAUGAGGCGAAACAGAGCGGGAUGAUGGAAUGUGCAUAAUGGUGUAAAAGUACAUUUUUAAAAAUAAUACUAAGCAUAUUGACUGUGAGGACCAUAAAUAUGGUCAUCGUGUUAGCUUGACCUUCACAGCCGUUCCUUGACCUUCACAGGUAGCUGGAUUUAAAUCACAAACCGUCCGAGUGGAAGGGAGCUCUUCACAGGAAGUGGAAUAGUUUCUGUAUUGAUGGUUGUUUCCAUUUGUUUUCACUUGACAUUCGAAAUCAAUGUUGAAUUGCAGAACUGGAAAAAAACCCCAAGAAAAAACAAAAGAAAAUCGAUGAGCCCACCAGUACGUAAGAUAAGCGUGUGUAAGGAGGGGGAUUGCCACUGGGGUAAGAAAGCGCCAACUUGUUUAAAAGAAGCCGUCUGCGUCAAACAUCAGCUGUCGGCUGUUACAUUCUCUAAGCUCUGAUGCUGGUCGUUGGAGCAUUGUGAAUUUAUUGUCUGAUCUUCUUUCCGAAACAUUUCCAAAACAAACAAACAUUCGUUACGUAUCUGCACUACUUUCAACGUGGUGACUGGCGUAUGAAUUUAUCCCCAACGAACAGCAACCGACUUGAAUGGUUGGUUUAAUGGUUUACAACAGUGAUUGAUUCUGCGUUUUGAAAACGGAAAAUGACAUGAAUGGGUUGUGGAUAUAUUGUUGUGAAAUAUUUGUAGGCCAUAAUUGUGAUGAUUUUUUUGCGGGGUGGGGUUGGGAUAGUUCAAGAGGGACCCAGUCUAUUCCCUUCAAGAACAGGCUUGGGUGCAUUGGCGUGGAUGGACCUCCUUCAUUUUAACUGUGAUUGGUUGGUAAUAUGAAAUAUUCGUAACUGUUAAAUACAGUAUUGACAGACAGACAGACAACCAGAUGGUGGCUAGAAGUGCUAGAUAUCGGUGUAGUGUGUGAUUGACACAUUGUUUACAGACCAAUCCUGUUAUCUCAUCAUUGUUGUGUGGAAGGUAAACACUUCAUUACUUAGCACUGCCUAUACGAAGGGUGUCACUCAAAGAGACACUCGUCGGAGAGGGAAUAACGUUUAUCCGUGGCUGGAAAACAUGCGCUGUGAUACGUAGUAUAGAAUAUAGUAUAUUAGAGCGGAAGUGGAAGUUGUGACGUCAUCAUAAUAUCUCUAGACCUUUGCAUUUAAUGUUAUUCAUUCAUGUUACUUUUAUUAUCUACAAAUUGUGCAUACAUUAUACGCACACCACAGCCAGGCUGCCAGGGGUACGCAUUUGAAAUUAUAAACAUACAAAUUUGUAUUAAUACGAAACGCAGACACAAAAGGCUGUCGUGUGAGUUAAUGAUAUAUUUUCAAAGGGCCGUGAAAUUCUUUUACUAACAAUUUUUAAUGACGCUUUCAACUCCAGGUUUUAGUAUUAACCGUUUAAUUUGAGUCCUUAUUGUAAAGGGAUGUAUACCAAUUUAUAGUGAAAUUGUAAAGAACCAUCUAUGAACUGUUGUGAUUAUCUAGAAACGAAAAACAAAACAAAACUAUACUACAUCUUUACAAAUGGAGUGUGUUGUUCAUUAAUGUUUGAGGGAAGCUAUAUAAGUUUAAUAUUUAUAAUGCAUAUAACAAUUUUUUGUGUGAAAUAUUAAAUAACUAUUUCGCGAGAACACUCACUGAAGUAGCUUCUUUUGAAAGCUAAUUUGUUCAAACUGACACUCUCACUGAUGUAGCUUCCCUAUGUUUAAGGGGUUAAACAAAAGCCUUGAUGAUAAAAGCUAAUUUUUUAAAACGUGUACUUACUGAAAUAGCGUCCCUGUUUUUGGUUUUUUUAGUGUUAUACGAAAAACCUUUCAGUUGAAGCCUCAUUUCUUCAAACUGGGCCUCACCAACCAUAUGAAGAGUCUGGUCAUAGCGUGUGUCCUGUAUUCCGUUUCCCGUUAUACGUUAUGUUGCUGGUCAACUCCUAAUGUAUAUUAGUGUACAUAGUGUAUAAACAGAUUUCUAAAUGACAUGGUUGUAUAAUACAGUGGAUAUAACAUGCCACAUAGCGUGAUUACAUUACACUACGUAGCGUUGUUACAUUACACAACACACUGUGGUUAUAUUUUACCACACACCGUGGUUAUAUCAUCUACAUGCCGUGUUUAUAUCAUACCAAAUACUCAUAAUGGCAACUGAUCUCAUAUAUGUUACUACAGUAGUGUACAAUGUAGAUAAAUGGGAAUGGGCGCCGUUUUUCUAUAGACUAAAUUUAAGUUCUUGUGGUCCGCGUUUUCCGUCAUCCCGAAGCUGUUAACGAACGUUGAACUCACAGCGCGACUUGUACUAAUGAUUUGUGAGAACUGCUGAAUCGUAAUGAUUUUAGUUCAUUGAAUUGAUUCAAACAUAUUCUAUUACUUUUGAUUAGGCACAAGCUUUCCAACUUCUUCAUAAGUUUAAUGUCAUGAUUUUUAUCAUUUUAGUCGCGCCCUGUAAGUUAUACAGCUUGAAACGUAUGCAUAAUGAGAGAACAAAUCACUUGCUUAAAAGUCGUUACCGAAUUUCGCACAGUUAUAAAGCGCCUUUAGAGAACAUUCAGCAGCGGCGUUGACAGUAUUUUGGACACGGUCAUAAAUAGUUCCAGGGAUAUAUUGGGCUUCAAUCAACAGAUAUGACUAUGUUGAGAGUUCAAAAUAACGGGUCGGACGGCAGGGUGGAGUGGGUGGGGGUGGUAAAUAUCGGAGAAGUGGAAGAGGUAAAACAUAAAAUAAAAUAAAGUUGAAGUGGCCCAAGGUUUGGAAAAUCUUAUCUUCGUAGUCGGCAUGUUACGAGAGCCCAAGAUGCUAUACUGACAGGAAAUGUGAGUAGCGGUUUGGUGACAAACUCUUUACCACCGCCGCCACAACUUCUAAACAUAUUUUAACACCCACACAUGCCACUCCAACUUGAUAAUACGACAAGUUUAUCUUGAAAACUACUUUGCCUUCGAUAAUAUACACCUGCGUGUCGUUAGAUCAUACUGACUGGGAACUCCGCGGCCGAUUCCGACAAUCAAACCUCGGAAGUAUGACCGUUGGCUAUGUUGUGGCGUCUGAUAAUUAUUUGAGAAGUUUGUUUUCACGUAUGGGUGUGUCAGGACUUUAUGACAAUGCAUUUGUUUUACCUUUAUAUAGUUAUUUGAACGCCUGUAUGAAAUGGUCUUUUAAAAUAAGACGAAGUAACGUGUAAGUGAUAUUUAAUAGGACUUAAAAGUUAAUUUACAUUAUUGUGAGUACCGGUAACUUAUAUGUCCAAAACUGGUAGUGUUAAUGAUAUGUCAAAUGGAAGUAAAUAACAAACCAAAAUGUAAGUAGAAUUGUAUGGAUAUGUUAUAGUUUAAUAAUUAAAGCUCUAUUUGCCUUAUAAAACCUAAACGUAGUGUUCAAUUAAAUAUUAUCAGUUGAUACAAACAGCAUACAGAGAAAACUGUGAUUAAAAAUCUUGAAUGUGAAUGUUUAAAGUGUUACAAGUGAGAACAGCCCAGACGAGCACAUUUUGGUAUUUGUAAUAGUUACAUGUUUUGUGUUAAACAUUUUGUGUGGAUUUGUCUCUACACAAUAAUGAUAGACUUGUAGAAGUGGUGAAGUUUGAAGUUGUACGAGCACGUCUUGCACAGUGCAUGUCUUCAGACUAUACAUGUUGAACAUUCCCUUUUAUCUACACUGUACAGCAACUCGACAAGAGAAUAAACAAUAAAUAUAUAUUACUAUUA